CACUCCCAAAAAUUGAUUUUUGGUUACCCGCUCAUUACUCCCUCCUCUAUUCAUCUCCGUCGUGCGCCCUAAAUCCCCAAAUUAAAGUUUGUUUUUCUUCAGCUGAAAUCCCCCAAAUUUCCCAUUUCUAACAACAGCAGUCAAUACAACUACACCAAUAAAUUAAACAGCAAUCCCAAAAGCUAAUCGGACGUAGCAAUCUUCUGCACCCGCUCUCUUACGAUCCAAACCCUGCUUGGGUUCACACCUCUUCCUUAUCUCCUGUCUCAUUGUUAAUCGACGUCGUUCACAACAGACUUCAAGGAAGAAAACCAGAAGAUGGGAUGGAAUCACCCAGACAUAUCGCUAGAAGAAAUGAUGAAACUGAUAGAAGGGUGGGGAGGACUUAUCCAUGAUUUCUUUGGACCACCCUCUAGGUGACUACUGUGAAGAAGAGAUCAAUGAAUUUGCAUCUUGGUUGGGUGGAUCAUAUGCUACUGAUGUUACAAAACCCUUAGAUGGAGUAUUGACUAUUCCCUUGGCAAAUGGUGAUAACAUGAAUCUUCAUAUGUCAAAGAAAGUGCACAGGGAAUUUGCAACAAAACUGUUUGCUCUGUACCGCAAUAUAAGGAAAGCAAUGGAGAGGCAUGAAGAUUUGUCACAGACUUUGUGUAGACCUGCUGAGUUAAUAAUGGGUUCAUUUGAUGGAAUUAAGCAUGACACUGAUGGUUUUGAUAAACAAGGAAUAAGGCUUCUGCUUGCGACACUUAACAGGAAUUUGAUUCAUUGCAGACAACUUAUGAAGGUUUGUUUUUAUUGGAUUUCAGACUUCAACGGUAAAGGCAAUAUAUAUAUAUAUAUUUGAUUUAUCUGCACAAGGUAAGCAUUUUCUUCCGGUUUUCAUGAAUUUCCGUCUAUGGUCGAGCAUUCUCUUCAAGCGUAAUGUCCUUACUAGAAUGCUUUCCAUAUUUCCAUUGUAUCUUACAUGCAAUCCGAAAUUAUAUCUUUGUGAACAUAUAUGCAGUUUCCUCUUCUAUCGAAAAGUGCAUACUUACAAAAGUUGGUUGCAAGUGGUAAUGAAGAAAACAAUGAUGAAAUUCAGAUUUCUGACAUUCACGGAGGCCCAGUUGCCUUUGAGAUAUGUGCCAAAUUUAAUAAAAAAUGAACUUAUAUCAUUUUUCUUUUACUUGUGUACAUUGCAUAACAAAUCUAUGACACUUUUACUUUUAGUCAAGUGUGAGUGUUGGUUACAUGUAUGAGUCCAGACAACAGAUAUGAUUGAACUUUGGUUACCUAUAUUGACUUAAGUGAGUAGAUAUAUCAGUAGUGUACAUUUUUUUAUUUCACAAACAAUCUUAAAAAGUUGAGUUAUUAUUAUUUUUAGAUGUAUUUUUUAAUAAUUUACUAUGACAUUAUAAAACAAUCUUAAAAAGUUGAAUUGAUUUACUUAUCUUUGCCAUGUUCGCUAUGGUUUGAACAUAUUAAGUUACUCUUAUUUUCAUGCAGAGUAUGUAGGAGCCAAAUUUGCGGUUCAAAUUCGAAGCUAUGCUCAAAAGUUUUUCUCUAAGGCUCAUUGGUUUGAGUUCAUUACAAGAUUUCCUUGAUUAAGUAAAUGUAUUAUAUAUUUUAUUACCAAGAUUUACUUGAUUAAGAAAAUGCAUUGUAUAUUAUUACCUUGCAAAUGUAUUAUUUAUUUUAGCUUUCAUUCUAAAUUUGUAUUUUUACUUAA